AAACUCAGCUUUUUCACCAGGCUACAUUUUCCCUAGAUACUCCUCUGAGAAAAGGGAGGGUUUCAGGGAUGGAUAACAGUUACCAGUCUUGAUGGGACAUUCUGGGAAAACCAGACUGAAUAGGACAACGGCCAGCAUUUUCAGGAGCAAAGGAACGAGCCCACGCACAAGUGGGGGGUGCGCGGAUGGAUGCAGAACACAAACACACUAUGAAUGGCCGAAGGACCAAUAUAUAUACCCCAAAAUUGAUCCUGAGGCAGCAUGAGCAGUGCCAUCUCCAGGACUCCUGUGAAAAGCCAGACUUUCUACUGUCUGAUGCCCAUUUACACUGGGAAUAUAGGCCUCGUGCCUCCACCUGCUUCUGUUUUAGAUUGAAAAAUGUCAGGUCAACAGCAAAUGACAUGCUGAUUGACAGCUGUUGGAGAAGAAGGAGAAUUCAAAGCAAGCCCUGAGAGAAUAUUGCAGAAAUGAAAGUGAAAGAGGAGCCGAGGGAAGAGAUGGAGGAGAGAAAGCUCUGCAAAAACUGCAAGCAUGAGGUGACAGCUAGCAACUUCUCCCUCCAUGAGGCUCACUGUGUGCGUUUUCUGGCCGUCUGCCCCAAGUGUGAUGAACCCAUCGCAUUAAAGGACAUGAAGGAGCACUUUGCCAAAGCCCACAAGGAGGUAAGAUGUAAUCUCUGCCAUCAGCUGACGCAGCAGUACCUACUGGAACGGCAUGAGGCUGAGGAAUGCCCCGAGCGGACAGUCCGGUGUCAAUUCUGCGAACUGGACCUUCCCGACCACAAGCUGCAGGCUCACCUGGAUACCUGUGGUAGCCGGACCACAUCGUGCUGGCACUGCGGCAAGUACGUCAUGUACAAAGCUUUGAAGGAGCACAAAGUCAUCUGCAAAGCGAAAGCUCAAGGGAGGAGCCACGACUCCAGUGCCAACUUAUGCCAACACUGCCAUAGGUCGUUCCCUGAUGAGAAAUUCCUCCAGCACUUGAAUGAAUGCUUUCCGCUCCCUCGGCUUCUGGGGGACCUCACCACUCACUCACCCAAGCGUCCUGGCUCUCCCACAUCUCCUCAGCACCCUCCGACUCCCACUUCUGAGGCCGUGGAGCGAGGUGCCCACCCCAAGAAGAAGGAGCUGGCUUCCACCGGAAGGCCCUCGCUGAAGCCUCCGAGGAGCAGAAAGCUGGCCUUCGUGAGCACUCUGGCCUCUGCUGCACCCCAGGCCCUGGAGGACUCUCUUUAUGACACGCUGGUGACUUGUUCUCAGUGCAACAUCCUCCUGCCCAGCCCAACUCUGAAGAAACAUGAGAAAAAGUGUCAGGGACGGACUUCUUUGCAGAUGCUUCGUCGAAGUCCUCGCCAGAUGGACAAAGGAGAGGAGACGAUGUAAUCCCUUCUGGAGAAAAGCUGGCAAAGAAGCAUGGCGGCAGCCAGAACUUUCUUCUCUUUCCCAGCAGCCCCGUAUAGUAAAGUCCUUUGCAUCACAUCAGCGUGAAUCUGCCUUACUGAGAAUAAAAGAGCUAUGAUUUGCACCUGAGAACAAAAA